ACAAUCCAAAGGAGAAUAUUCAAACGAGCUGCAGUGCGUUCAACAUGCAGUUGUACCUUGCACUAACGUUCAUUGCAAUUGCACUUCUUUGUGAUGGGACCUUUAGUGAGUUGGGCAGCGGCAAUAGUACAGCCUUGUACACAAGAUCAUUUGUGAAAAAAGAUUGUGAUGGAACAAAAACCUAUAUUUGCGACUCUUGCACAUCACGGAGACCAUGUUUUGGUACUCAGGAAAUUGAAACCACCUUUACAUGUGGUACAGGAUUGUUCUGCAUAGAGGGUACCGCGUCCGAUCGCUGCGGACCAACACCGUCGGAAGCCUGUGUAAUAUCGACUGAGAGCACAUCCUUCACAUGUUCUGCUACAGGUGUUUUUCCAGAUCCCAACAAUUGCAACUACUACCACGUGUGUUUAGCGAUUAGCGAAUCUUCCACCGUAUACAGAUGCCCUCCAGGAUAUGUUUUUGAUAUUGUAACUUCCACAUGUACUCGUCAAGUAUCGGCAUCGAAUUGCGUUACCGUGACCUGUCCUGUUGGAGCUCCUCGCUACGUUCUCUAUGGCACUAGCCGGGUAUAUUACGCCGUGUGUAACGGUGUGACCCUACCCACUCAAGUAUUACGCUGCCCGAAUGGAGCACUUUUCACGUACUUCUCAUCGAGUACACUUUUCGGCGAAUGUGUGUACACUUGCUCAGGACAGGGCAAUUAUGCUAACAGCAAUAAUCCUAGCACAUACUUUCAAUGCUACGUUUCGAAUGGUCGUUUAGUGUACAACGAGCUCGAUUGCCCAUCAGGCACAAUAUUUAAUCAAACCUUACGAUAUUGUGUAAGGCAGUAAAUUUGUUCCUUUUACGGUUUCAUUCUAGCAUCUCGUUGUUUGUGAUCCCCUUUACAAUAAUGAUUAUUAUUUAAUAUACAUUCUUUGCUAUUUGCUAGAUUUAAA